AUCUUUUUGUAAACGUCAGUGAACCACAUACUGAAAAGCUGGUAUUUGGCAAACAAUCACCAAUUUCCCUGAAUGUAUCAAUAGUUUAGAAUUAAAAUAAUUCGUGUAAAUGUGCGGACUUUCAAACAAUAACAACAGGCCUACAUAGUCUUUCUUGAGCAGGACGUAUUUCCAAUGCUCAAAAAACCACUACCAGCUGUAUUGAGUUUACUGUGUCGCGAGAAGAGAAAACGUGAAACUGAUGACUGGAUGCAGAACAACUGUUGCAUGGCAACAGUGACGCUCUUAUGAAACAGUAUAGCUAACUUAGCCUGUGCCAGGGCUUUCUACACCGCGGUUGAAAAAUGGCUGAGGCAAAAAGACGUUUCUCAUUUGAAGAGCAGAAGAAACCCCAGUCAUCAAAGACAGAGAGGCCUCAAGGUCAGAGACUCAUGAAUCAGCCUUCCUCACUUUCUCAAAAGACCUCACUUCCAGUGGAUUUGCUUGCCAAAGAGGAAGAAUACAAGCGUAUGAAUGCAAAGCUGGAAGCAAAAACGGCUGAACUUGUCAGACAAGCUGAAGAGGUUAUGAGAGAACAAAAUGAAGUGUUAUCAAGACCGAUCUCCUCCCAUCUAAGUCUUGGCAUUGAGGAUGAGAAGGAAGACUUUAUGAACCUCGACCUACAAGCACCUUCAGCAAGACAGCCCACAGCAAAGGUGUUGACAAAGCCUCUGCCCUCACCAAAGCCACACCAAACUGCACUUCCUUCUGGAAACAGAACAAAAAAGGCACCGAAAAAAGCAAAAAACUGUACAGCAGAUGAUGUUGCACUUCUUGAAGACUUUGUGGACUUUUCUUUGGCUAAGACCAUAAGCACCAUUGAGGGGAAACUGGAAGAAGGGGGAACACAUGAAAAUAUUGAUGACGAUGUCAUGCCUAGUGUUGGUAAUGAAAUGGGUUCAGAGGCUCAGAUUCGUUUUCUUAAGGCAAAACUUCGAGUGUUGCAAGAAGAAGUGAACAGGCUCUCUCAGGAAUAUAACAAGAAGGAUGAUGAAAAUGCCAAUUUGAGUGCCAAAAUAAAGGAGGUGGAGGAGGAUCGUGCCCGAUUGCAAAGGAUGACCAACAUUCAGCGAAGCCAACUAGAAAAGCACAAAGUCCUGUCGGAAGACUCCAGCAGGAAAUGUGAGGGGCUGCAGCAUCAAGUGAUUGCUUUACAAAAGGAAAUAGAGAGCUUGAAGAGAACACAGAAACAGGCAACGACCAACCACAGCGCCACAGAGGUCAGGCUCAACCGAGCUCUGGAGGAGGCAGAGAAAUUCAAGCUGGAACUGAACAAGAUAAAGCAGAGUAGUAAGGAUUCAGCCAAUCAGGAUCACCAGAAGAUGGAGGCUUUGCAGGCAGAAAACAAGAAGCUUGAGAGACAGAAAGCAGAACUGAUAUCAGGAUUUAAGAAACAGCUUAAACUUAUUGAUAUUUUAAAACGACAAAAGAUGCAUUUUGAAGCUGCAAAGAUGCUGUCUUUUACUGAAGAGGAAUUUAUGAAGGCUCUUGACUGGGGAAAAUCAUAGAAGUUGUUAUACAAUCAAGAACUCUGAGGAAAAUAUUUGUAUUUUUUAAGUGGAUGAGAAUGCAGUAGCUCUACAACUGAUACCGUCUCCAAGAGGAAAAUACUGUCUGAGACUUCUUAGAAUUUAUUAUUGAGACCUUCUUGUAUUUAGUACCACAUGGUCACUGCUAUUUCUGAUCAUAGAGAUAUGUUUUGGGAGGGAAAUGGCUUUCAGAACUUUGACUAUACCCCUUACUGUAUUACAUAAGUUUUUUGCUUCAAUUGUUCAUUCAAAUAAAGAAAAUCCCAUGUUUUAACGUUAAAAAAUA